CAGGAAAAGAGGAUGUAACAGUGCCUACAGGAAAAGUGUUUGUCAUUGCGGAUCUUGAGCCCGGAAGCCAGUCCAACCCUUGGAGCAGGAAGAAACGCACAGUUGUCCAGAACCAAGUUUGCACGAAGCAGUGCACUUGGAAGCAGUACAGAGAAGGAAAAACUGCCUGGACUUCUGUGGGUGCAUGUCCAAGCUGCCUCAGAGCCAGCCGGAUAGUAGCUGCAGACUCCGCCCGCAACGUCGCGCGCUUCUCUGGGCCAGAGCAAGCCUGUUUUGUGCUCUGGUUAAGAGAUUUGUCCCGGCCAUACCAUGGGCCGCACUCGGGAAGCUGGCUGCGUGGCUGCUGGUGUGGUUAUCGGGGCUGGUGCCUGCUACUGUGUAUACAAACUGACUUGGGGAAGAGAUGAGAACGAGAAAAUCUUGGAUGAAGACAAGGAGUCCACGGACACUUCAGAGACUGGGGUUGAGACUGUGAAAGGAGCUAAAGCUAACGUUGGGGCAGGGUCUGGGGCCAAACUUCACAGUGACUCUAAGGUCAAGCCUGAGGUGAGUUUGGGACUCGAGAAUUGUCCAGGUGUAAAAGAGAAGGUCCACUCAGGAUCCCACAGUGGAGGUGGCCUAGAGGCCAAAGCCAAGGCCCUUUUCAACAUGCUGAAGGAACAGGCAAGUGCAAAGGCAGGCAAAGGGGUCAGGGUGGGUAUCAUCUCUGGGAACAGGACCCUUGCACCGAGUUUACCAUGCCCAGGAGGCAGGGGUGGAGGCUGCCAUCCCACCAGGAGUGGAUCUAGGGCUGGAGGCAGGGCAAGUGGAAAAUCCAAGGGAAAGGCCCGAAGUAAGAGCACCAGGGCUCCAGCUACAACAUGGCCUGUCCGCAGGGGCAAGUUCAACUUUCCUUAUAAAAUUGAUGAUAUUCUGAGUGCACCCGACCUUCAAAAGGUCCUCAACAUACUGGAGCGAACAAAUGAUCCUUUUAUUCAAGAAGUAGCCUUGGUCACUCUGGGUAACAAUGCAGCGUAUUCAUUUAACCAGAAUGCCAUACGUGAAUUGGGUGGUGUCCCAAUUAUUGCAAAACUGAUAAAAACGAAAGACCCCAUAAUUAGAGAAAAGACUUACAAUGCCCUUAAUAACUUGAGUGUGAACGCUGAAAAUCAGGGCAAGAUUAAGACGUACAUCAGUCAAGUGUGUGAUGACACCAUGGUCUGUCGCUUGGACUCAGCUGUGCAGAUGGCUGGUUUAAGACUGUUAACCAACAUGACUGUGACUAAUCAUUACCAACAUUUGCUUUCCUAUUCUUUUCCAGACUUUUUUGCUUUGUUAUUCCUGGGAAAUCACUUCACUAAGAUACAGAUUAUGAAACUAAUUAUAAACUUUACGGAAAAUCCAGCCAUGACAAGAGAGCUGGUCAGUUGUAAAGUACCAUCAGAAUUGAUUUCCCUCUUUAAUAAAGAAUGGGAUAGAGAGAUUCUUCUUAAUAUCCUUACUCUAUUUGAGAAUAUAAAUGACAACAUCAAAAGUGAAGGGCUUGCAUCAUCCAGGAAAGAAUUCAGCAGAAGUUCACUUUUUUUCUUAUUUAAAGAGUCUGGAGUUUGUGUUAAGAAAAUCAAAGCAUUAGCAAAUCACAAUGAUCUGGUGGUGAAAGUAAAAGUCCUGAAAGUAUUGACCAAACUCUAAUUUGGAGUGUGUCCCAAACAGUAUUGAGGUAUUUGCACUUGGGACAAUGUAUUUUGUAAAUUCUUUGUUUUUCACUGUGCUUAUAUGGUAAAGAGAUCUUUACAGCUGCUAUUUUGGAAUAAUGAAUAUCAUAUAUCAUCAAAAGUGACUGAUGUUGGUUGUGAUGGUUGGGCUUAGGCGGGGCCAUUUUAAGGAUGCCAAAUGGAAUAUUAGUACUUCUACACAGAAAGAAUUUAUUGAUUUGAUCUUGUUACCUACAUUAUUUUUAAUCUUUCCGCUACCUAAACUGACAGUGAAUUAGUUAUACAUCAUGAAUAAGCUAUACUUUUAUAUUAGUUUAUAUUUUUUAAUCUAAGACUUGUGUUUCAUCAAUAAAGUUGUGUUUUAAGCAGCAGAGAAAA